UCGGAGGGACAAAACUGAUCUGGACCAGUCGGAGUUAUUCGCGUCGCAACAACCUCUUCAUAACUAGAAAGUGGAGUUAGCGGCUUGUCGACCGUCAGUGACUAGCUAAUUAUUACCUGGCUAGCUACUACACAGAGGUCACCUGGACUUUGAUCACAAUGGGGGUGAAAGACCGCCCUCAGUGUUACUUUGAUGUGGAGCUCAACCGUGAGCCAGUUGGGCGCAUAGUCUUUCAACUUUUUUUGGAUAUUUGUCCCAAGACAUGCAAAAACUUUCUGUCUUUGUGCACUGGUGAAAAGGGAACUGGCAAAGUCACAGGGAAAAAGCUGUGCUACAAAGGCUCCACGUUUCACAGGGUUGUAAAGAACUUUAUGAUCCAGGGAGGCGACUUCACCGAAGGAAAUGGAAGAGGUGGAGAGUCCAUAUAUGGUGGCUACUUUGAAGACGAGAACUUCACUCUCAAACACGACAGAGCCUUCCUGUUGUCGAUGGCCAAUCGUGGGAAAGACACCAACGGUUCACAGUUUUUCAUCACAACCAAGACGGCGCCUCAUCUUGAUGGAGUCCAUGUCGUCUUCGGUCUAGUCAUCUCCGGCUUUGAGGUGAUAAAGAAGAUCGAGGGGCUGAAGACUGAUUCAGCCAGCAGGCCCUACGCUGAUGUGAGAGUGAUAGACUGCGGGCAACUUAUCACCAAGUCCGCUAAUGAUGUAGUUGAAGGCAAGAGGAAAAGAGCCAACUCGUCUGCCGACUUGUCCCUCAAUUCCCACGACUCCUCGCAGUUCUCCUCUUCAGCGGAAUCUGAAAGUGAAUCAGAUGAAAAGCACAAACAUCACAAGCACAAGCGACACGCAAAGAGUAAACGGUCAAAAAAGAAAAGGAGGGAAUCACAGAAAGAGAAGAACGAUGAUGUCCCUCUUACAGACCCAAGCUCUCACUGUCCUGUGGAAAGAGAUGUGCUGGAGGGAGAGAACGAAGUGGACGGAGAGAAGGAGCAGAGCGGGAAGAGAGAGAAGCCUGUCGUCCGACCAGAGGAAAUCCCGCCGGUGCCAGAGAACCGCUUCCUGCUGCGACGGGACGUGCCAUCUCAGGAAGAUAAAACAGAGAUAGUUGAGAAAGAAGAAACGUCCCUUUCAGUUGACCAGAAACCAGCAGUCUCCAAGUCCGGACGGAAGAUCAAAGGCAGAGGAACAAUGAGAUAUCACACCCCCACAAGAUCGAAAUCGCGCUCUGCAUCUGUGGAAGAGCGUGGUAGCAGUGAAACUCCACCACACUGGAAAGAAGAGAUGAAGAGAACCAAAGUUUAUCAGCCGCCGAGCGUCGAGAGAUGGACCAAAGGAGACAAAUUGAAUGACCGUUCCUCAAGCAGAUGGGACGACAGAAGCAACUCUACGUGGUCCCGGUCUGCAGAACACUCCUCAGACCGCAGCUCUGAGGGGUCCAGUGUGCGCCGCCAACAGAAGAAAGAGAAGAAGAAAGCCAAACACAAGAAGAAGGCCAAAAAACGUAAGCGUGGCAAGAAGAAGAGCUCAAAGAACAAAGCUCAAGAGCCUCGCCUGUCAGAGGGAGAAAGGUCUGUGUCUUUAGAAAGAAAGUCCAAAAGAUCCCGUUCUCCAUCCUGCUCCUCUUCAAAUCAGCAUCAUUCGUCUCCUCGGAGGAGACGGCGGUCCUCGCUGUCCUUUAGAGACUCGCGGUCCUACUCUAGGUCCUACACAUCCAGUCAGUCCAGAUCUAGAGGGAGGUCCAGGUCUUAUUCAAGAUCCAGAAGCCUUUCUAGGUCUAGAAGUCGGUCUUUGUCUAGAUCCAGAUCUCAGUCAUAUUCUCGAUCCCGGUCUAGAUCCAGGUCGAGAUCAAGAUCCAGGUACAGAUCUAGGUCUCCAUCUAGAAAGAGGAGUUCAUCCAGAUCCCCAAGAAAGAGAAAGGCUAGCAAGCCCAAAGCGGACGCAAUGAUCCACGUGCCCGAGAAGCUCCCAGAGAGCAAAGUCACGCCCGUCCCCAGACUCCCUACCGUCCCGCCUCCUGAAAGCGUCUCCGUGAUCCCGCUGAGCGACAGUCCUCCUCCUUCACGCUGGAAACCUGGUCAGAAGCCCUGGAAGCCCUCCUACAUCCACAUUCAGGAAAUAAAAGCCAAAGUGGCUCCCAGUAACAUUUCCUUCACAGGACAAGCAGCCGAUAGUGUUACAGAAAAAGCUCAGACUUCAGUUAAACCAAAGUGUCCGCCAGGCAACUCUGAAAGCGACAAAGGACACAAACCUGCAGGGCGCUCACAAAGCAGGUCCUCCAGAAGCAUGUCUUACAGCCGUUCAUAUAGCUGCUCAAGGAGCAGAAGUUACAGUAGGUCUGGGUCCAGAUCCCCGUAUCAGUACAACAGCAGGUCAUCGUCCUACAGCAGGUCAGGCUCUGAAAACUCCCACAAAACAAGCAACAAGAAGAAUUCACUGGACAAGGAAUGGAAAGAGUAUUACAGCUCUUUAAAGAGGAUAAAAGAUUUAGAUAAGUACAUUGCUCUCGCCAGUAGUCAAGAUGUUCAGUCAGGAUCGGAGAACAGGGCAGGCUGUGAGCAUAGUCCUGACUUUUUGGAGAAAAUAAAAGAGAAAGUCAGCUCACAGGAUCAAGAGACGAAGCAUUACAGCUCAAUGCCAGCGGAAAACUUUCAUAGCAGGUCUGAAUGGGAUAGUGACAGUGAUAAAGUGAGCCAAAGCAACAGCGCUACCCUGUCAAAGAAGCAGAAACGAGCAGCUCCGUCCAGUGAAAUUCUUGACAAGAAGUUGUCUGCAGUUACUGGAUGGAAUUCAGAAAGCGAUUCUGAAAAUAUAACAGCCAGGAAAUUGGCCAUAUCCGAAAAAGAGGAAGGGGAGGCAAGUUCAGAAUCAGAGCAUGAGACUUUCGGGAAGACGUCAGAGGCAGAGGUUGCCGCUGCUGCAGCUGGUGGUCAGUCAGAGGAAAGUCCUGAGAAGGCAGCAGAGCCGGAGAAGCACAAGAGCAAGAAAAAGGCCAAACGGAAGCACAAACACAAGCGAAGAAGUGAGAACAAAAGCGGUUCCCACCACAGUAAGGACAAAAGAAAGAGAUCUAAGAGGAAACAUCAGAAGCUCAAAGAGACUUUUCACUGGCAGCCACCUUUAGAGUUCGGAGAGGAGGAAGAAGACGACGAAUCAAAACGAGAGAGACACAGUCCUGGGAGAGUUGUCAAAGAAAGACCUGGUGUGGACAGUACGAAUGAAAAGCACCAAUGUUUAACCUCUUUAACCAAGAAUCCUCCUAGAGAAGAUGAUAAGGGGCAACAGAGACCAAAGGAAUGUAUCAGCAAAAACCCAAAACACGCUGAACCCCAUCUUCAGUCAUCCAACCGGAACGGUGCCAAUUUACCCAGUAUCAACGAGCAAGAGUCAUUAGACGACAUGGACAUUUGCACCCCUGAGCAUGACAUUGAAAUUGUAGAACCUCCAGUUACACAGGAUUCUCAUUGUGACGCCCCUGAAUUAACCAUAAAAUCUACCUCUAAGUCUUCAGAUAUAAGUAAAGACAGCGCUUUACCUCAUAGCAAAGAACAGCCUUCUGUUACCUCCACAACAACAGCUGCUGGACUGCAAGAUGAAGCAACCACUGGCACUGUGAGUAGUUUCAAAUGGAGGCCUUUAAAAGGAAUGUCAGCUUUACAGAGCGCGAGCGUGCCGCCUGUCACCACAAAAAGUAUCCAACUUCAAGAGAGCCAGACCCCCAACGCCCGCGGAGUGAGAAUGGAGAUAAAAAGCAAAAGCCGGGUACGCCCAGGAUCUCUGUUCGAUGAGGUUCGUAAGACCGCCCGGCUCAACCAGAGGCCGAGAAACCAGGAGAGCUCCAGCGAGGAGAGCUCCCCCUCUGUGGGAAAGAUGAGGGGGACGUCGCGCACGCGGUCCCCGAAGAAGUCCAGGUCCGCGUCCAGGAAGUCACACUCUGUUUCCAGUCACCGGUCCCACUCCCGAGGCUGGUCCCACUCUUACAGCAGGUCCAGGAGUAGAUCCCGCAGCUCCAGCUACUCUUCUAGGAGCCGUAGCAGGAGUCGAAGGAGACACGGAAGAGGACGGUCACGCUCUCGUAGCAGCACAUAUAGAAGUUACAGGAGUCACAGUCGGACAUACAGUAGAAGUCAUUCCAGAAGUCGCUCAUAUAAUCGGCGUCGGAGAUCCAGGUCAGACUCUUAUGACAGCUAUUCCAGUCGGAGCGUGAGCAGGAGACGAGGUUACAGGCGAAGUGACAGCUACAGGAGCUCAGACCGCCGAUCCCGGUCGUCCCGCUCCUCGAGUCGCAGCUCUUCCAGGCGCAGGAGUCACAGUCGCAGCAGCCGCUACAGUUGAGCUCUCAAGCCUGCAGAGAGCAGAACAAAACCACAAAGUCUGGACACUGCGCAACACAACUAACUGUUAUCAUCACAGAUCAGCCACUGAAGGGGAAGAAGUUGUAUUCCACCUUGUCACUAGUUUAAUACUGUACUUUUAUUCCCCUACGUAAGCGGACAAAAUCGUUUUUGAGGAAAUGAAUGUUAUGUAAAUAAAUAAACAAACCACUUUACAAGCUGACACACACACAGCUAAGAGAAUCUGACAACAUGGCCACUCUAUCAGCUUAAAGGUAAAACUAAAUAUGUGCGAUAAAUAAUAAGAAAUAAGCUGUAUAUAUUUUAUAUUAUUGUAUAUUCUUUUCUACUUCUGUUUUUUAUACAAUGAAAUGUACAAUUAUACACACACUUGGUGUCUAAUUCUCUCAGUUCUGAUGUGUGUGAGGAGUUAAAGGGUUGAGGUUAUGCCUUAAUUUAGUUUCAAGCUGUAAUUUGUCUUUGUUCCAUGCGGUGUAUUACUGUAUCGUGAAUGUUAAAACUAGUCAAAGUAUAGAAUCUGAUUUUGAUUGUAUUCAAACAGUUAUGAAUGUCUACACAAUAAAUACCACCACAUCUUAA